AUGGGUGUCUGGCAGCGGUUGGCUGUGUUGCUGUUGCUGCUGCUCCUGGUGGGGGCCCUGGGGCAGCCCGUGUGGCCAGCUGCUGUGGCAGUGGCCCUGCGCUGGCUCCUUGGAGACCCCCUGUGCUUCCUGUUGCUGGGACUGGCAGCACUGGCCCGGCCCUGGGUCGGCCCCUGGGGUCCUCACUCUUUGGGCCUGGUGACUGCGGCCCUCACUCUGACCCUGCUUCCCACACAGCCACCCCCAGGGUUGCGCUGGCUGCCUGCAGAUAUGACUUUCUUAGCCAAGCUGCUCCGCCUGGGCCUGAGCAUCAGGGCACGCCUGAGACACCAGCCUCCAGACACCUUUGUGGAUGCCUUUGAGCGGAGGGCUCGAGCACAGCCUGGCCAGGUGUGCUUGGUAUGGACUGGGCCUGGAGCCUGUGCAGUUACUGUUGGUGAGCUGGAUGCCCGGGCCUGCCAGGCAGCAUGGGCCCUGCAGGCUGAACUGGGUAGCUCAAAGGCCUUGCGUGCUGGGGAGCCAGUGGCUCUCCUGGUGGGAACCUCGAAGGCUGUUUCUGCUCUGAGUCUGUGGCUAGGAAUGGCCAAGCUGGGCUGCCCAGUGGCCUGGAUCAACCCACACAGCCGUGGGGCACCCCUGGCACACUCUGUGCUGAACUCCGGGGCCCGGGUGCUGGUGGUGGACCCAGACCUUCGGGACAACCUGGAGGAGGUCCUUCCCAAGCUGCAGGCCGUCGACAUCCACUGCUUCUACCUCAGCCACACCUCUGCCACACCUGGUGUGGGGUCUCUGGGGGCUGCCCUGGACACGGCACCCUCUGACCCAGUGCCUGCUCACCUACGUUCAGAGACCAGGCGUCGAAGUCCCGCCCUGUUCAUCUACACCUCUGGUACCACAGGACUACCAAAGCCAGCUAUCCUCACACAUGAGCGGGUGCUGCAGGUGAGCAAGACGCUGUCCUUGUGUGGGGCAACGGCUGAUGAUGUGGUCUACAGUGUCCUGCCUCUCUACCACGUGAUGGGGCUUGUCCUGGGGGUCCUCGGCUGCCUCGAGCUUGGAGCUACCUGUGUCCUGGCACCCAAGUUUUCUGCCUCCUGUUUCUGGAAUGACUGUCGUCAGCAUGGUGUGACAGUGAUCCAGUAUGUGGGUGAGGUCCUGCGGUACUUGUGCAAUGCUCCCCAGCGACCAGAAGACCGGGUGCACAGAGUCCGCUUGGCAAUGGGCAAUGGACUCCGGGGAGAUGUGUGGGAAGCCUUCCAGAAGCGCUUUGGUCCCAUUCAGAUCUGGGAAUUCUAUGGCUCCACAGAGGGCAACGUAGGCCUAGUGAACUAUGCAGGGCGCUGUGGGGCUGUGGGCAAGACGAGCUGCCUCCUGCAGAUUCUGUCUCCCCUCGAGCUUGUGCAGUUUGACAUGGAGGCAGCAGAGCCUGUGAGAGACAAGCAGGGCUUGUGCAUCCCUGUGGGGCCAGGGGAGGCGGGGCUCCUGUUGACCAAGGUACUGAGCCACUCUCCCUUCAUGGGCUACCGUGGUCCCCGAGAACUGUCUGAGCGGAAACUCGUGCGGAGUGUGAAGCGUCCAGGCGACAUUUACUACAACACUGGGGAUGUCCUGACCAUGGACCAUGAAGGCUUUGUCUACUUCCAGGACCGCCUUGGGGACACCUUCCGAUGGAAAGGCGAGAACGUGUCCACUCGGGAAGUGGAGGGCGUGUUGUCACUUGUGGACUUCCUGCAGGAAGUGAAUGUGUAUGGCGUGCCAGUGCCAGGGUGUGAGGGCAAAGUGGGCAUGGCUGCUGUGAGGUUGGCCCCUGGCCAGACCUUUGAUGGACAGAAAUUGUACCAGCAUGUGCUCACAUGGCUCCCUACCUAUGCGGCCCCCCAUUUCAUCCGUAUCCAGGACACCCUGGAGAUCACAAGCACAUUCAAACUGGUCAAGUCCCAACUGGUGAAAGAAGGCUUUGAUGUGGGAGUCAUCACUGACCCUCUGUUCAUACUGGACCGCCGGGCCCAAGCCUUCCGGCCCCUGACGGCAGACACGUACCGGGACGUGUGUGAGGGAACCUGGAAGCUCUGACUGCCUGACCCACUUCAGGACAUCUGAAGGGAUAGGAGCCGAUGCUGACCCCCCAAGCCUGAACAGAGCUGUCGUGAUUCCAGAUGUACAGGCUGGGAAAGACACUGGCCCUGGUAGCCAAGCAAGAAUUGGGCUAGGGAUUUGGCUCAGUGGUUGUGCUGCCUGCCUUACAAGCACAAGGGCCCAAGUUCAAUCCCCAGUACCAAAAACAAAAUAAA